CAAUGGUAGUCUACCGGUUUACCUGCUCCUGUGGGGCUAGGUACAUUGGGCGCACGACCAGACAUUUGGAAAAGCGAAUCAAGGAACAUUUACCAACGUCACUCGCCACCCAACGAGAGAAAACUCAGUUGAGUGCCAUAACCAACCAUCUGAUCUGCACCAAUCAUCUGAUUGAUAAGCGCAAGUCUUUUGAGAUCCUCUAUCGAGUUCCAUCACAGCUACACCAUCGGUCAGGAGCUCGGCUACUCGCUACCGCUGAAGCAGUAUGCAUCAGGUUGACAAAACCAAACCUAUGCAUUCAGAAGCAACAUGUACAAGCCUUACAACUACCCUGGCCAGCCAGUAAUAGAGAUGAAUCGGACUUCACUCAUUGGUAUCACAUGCCUUCAGUCACCUGACCACCUGACACGUUACGUUAAGCACUUAAAAUGUUUUGUUCAAUCAAUAGUUACUCUUUGUUUUCCCCUAUGAACUCCGCUUCUCAACGUAUAUUUCUG